AUGGGUUGCUUUCAGAGUAAACACCUUCCACAAUCCGAUCUCGUCCCCGAUCAAAAGCCAGGAACGAUUCUGGGGAUUCUGGGGAAGCCAUUAGAAGACUUCAGCAAGCUUUACACAAUGGGAAACGAACUGGGCAAAGGCGGCUUCGGCGUAACUUACAUGUGCGAGGAGAAACUCACAGGCCACAGCUACGCCGUCAAAUCCAUACCCAAGAGGAAGCUAAUCAGCGAAGACGACAAAAAAGCUGUCAACACUGAGAUCGAGAUAUUGAAAGACCUCUCGGGAGUCUCCAACAUCGUGCAGAUAAAGGAUUCUCACGAGGAUAAGAAUUUCGUUUACAUCGUGAUGGAAUUGUGCUGCGGCGGUGAGUUGUUCGACAAAAUCGAAGCUUUGGUCAAGUCUGAUGACUACUACUCGGAGAGAGACGCUGCUGAGAUCUUCAAGUCGAUUGUGAACGCCGUGCAGAUUUGCCACUCGGUGGAUGUCGUUCAUCGGGAUCUCAAGCCGGAGAAUUUCUUGUUCUCGAGUGAGGAUAAAGCUAAUGCUAAGCUCAAAGCAAUCGAUUUUGGUUGUUCUGUUUACAUCAAAGAAGGAACGGAAUUGAAGGAUAUAGUUCGUAGUGAAUACUAUGUUGCUCCUGAAGUGUUAGAGGGGAAAAGCUAUGGGAAAGAGAUUGAUAUUUGGAGUGCAGGUGCUAUGUUGUACCUCUUGCUUAGUGGUGCACCACCGUUUGGGAGUGAUGAUGAGAUUAAGGAAGGGAAGCUUGAUUUUGAUAGACAACCAUGGCCUUCUAUAUGUUUGAGUGCAAAAGAUCUUAUCAAGAAGAUGCUCAACAAAGACCAAAAGAAAAGAAUCUCUGCUGCAAAGGUUCUUGAACAUCCUUGGAUCAAGAGUGAAGCUUCAGAUAAGCCUAUUGAUGGCCUUGUUUUAUCCCGUUUGAAGCAAUUCCGAGCUAUGAACAAGCUUAAGAAACUAGCUCUUAAGGUUAUCGCAGAGGGUCUAUCGGAAGAAGAAAUCAAAGGACUUAAAGUCAUGUUUGAGACUAUGGACAGCGACAGAAGCGGGUCAAUCACUUGUGAAGAACUCAAAACCGGACUGCACAGACUUGGCUCUAAGCUCUCUGAAGCUGAAGUUAAGCAACUCAUGGAAGCAGCUGAUGUGGAUGGAAAUGGAACAAUAGACUACAUAGAGUUUAUCUCAGCGACGAUGCAUAGACACAGAUUGGAACGAGACGAACAUUUGCACAAAGCAUUCCAAUACUUUGAUAAAGAUGGCAGCGGGCACAUAACUAAAGAGGAGUUGGAGAUAGCCAUGAAGGAGCAUGGUAUGGGAGAUGAAGCUUGUGCCAUAGAAAUUAUAUCAGAAGUCGAUAAGGAUAAUGACGGAAAAAUAGACUAUGAGGAAUUUUGUGCGAUGAUGAGAAAUGGAAACUUGCAGCCACAUGCGAAACUUAUAGUACAUUGA